GUCCAUCACGAGCUUUGUGGACGACCUGCUUUUCGGAUCCAUGCCUGACAUCCAGGAUGCGACCAACGUGAUUGAGGUCAACGAUGCCAAGCUCAACCGGCAGCAGCUUGCGGCUGUUGAGCAUGCCAAAGCUGCAAAGCUCACACUGGUACAGGGCCCUCCUGGGACUGGCAAGA